UGUUCUAGCUCUGGGUAUAAAUAAUUACCACUGUACAAUUUAAGAUAAAAAUUAUAGAUAGGCGUGAUUCACAUCUACAUAGUGUUUAGAAUAAGUGCAUUUAAGUAGGUAUAUGUCAAAGGAUGUCACUGAAAGCGUAUGAAGAUGCUUGCCUCAGGGCAGAGUUAUUUGGGCAACCCAAACCAGAUAAAGACGAGUUUUUGGCCAAAAACAAACAUUUGGAUAUUGUCGAAUUUGAAGAAGUGGAUAUAAAAAGUGCUGAGAACACUGCGAUGCUGGGUGAAGACAUAAAUGCCACCAGCGGGGGAUUUGUUGAGUUGAACACUAUUUUGAAUUCAACACAGACGAAAAUUAACAAGUUGAAGGGUGUGUGCGGCAGCUUGACCAACUUCUUCCGGGUAAAACUAGCCGCUAAAGACAACCUAUCUUACUCCAGCGAGCCAAGCUACGUCGGCCAGACCAACUACGACAAGGACUAUGUCCCAGCCGAGACCUCCGCAGACGCAGGGUCUGUGAACACGGGUCUGGGACCAAGUGACAGGGAGCUGUCAGUGUCAGCAAGCGCGGGAAAAUCGACCGUUAAGUUCCAAAAUGGCGGCGACAUAAACAGCGCUCUGUCGGACUUGGAGAACAUGCAAGAGAUCCAGGGUGCGGGGCUUCUGAGCAAGUCCACGGUGAAGGACAUAGGCGCGCAGGUGACCAGCCAGGUGGACAAACUCGACCGCAUCCUGCAGCAGGCGGACCGCGCGCAGUCCUCCAUGGACCACCAGAAUAAGCAGAUGGCAUCCAUUUUGAGAAAAAAGUAAAAUUAUAACAGCUAGCUACAUAUUUGUUGAUAUGAGAUUUGAUGGUCUAGAAACAAAUCUAAUUGUCCCCUGAUUCCCAACCUGGGUAGUAAGAUUUUGAAUAAGCAUUUAAUAAUUUCUUAUGUUGAUCGAUGGAAAUGUGAUAUUUAGUAUAUUUUAAGGCUUACGAGAGUAGGUAGGGUAAUGUUUACAGAACGUUGGAAAUGCGCCUGAAAGGGAUUCGGCGUGGAAAUACUCAUCUUAUGAAUCUUUGGCUAGUAAUAUAAUCAAUUGUAGCUUAAUUGCUUGACAAUACACUAGAUUCUUAAUAACAUAUAUCUAAGUACCUACUUACAUGCUUACGGGGGUAUACUUAUUUGUUAUUCCUUACUAGACUUUUACAAGAACCCUCCUUACCUAGGUUAUAGUAAAUCUAUAUCUUCUCUCUGUAAAUGUGUAUUCUAUGUGUACCUGCUAUACU